GAUUUGCUAUCACGCGAUCUUCUCAUCACAAGGAUAAACUACAAAUCGUUGCUUCUCUUCCCCCCCGGCAACAGUGUUCCUGUUUACAACUCCUCGCAUUGGGACUGAACCUAUAUCAUCAGAUCUAGCAUCUUUUGAGGUAAUUAACUGUAACUAAAAUUCACUUCGAUCCACUUCAUACAGCCAGUGAUCGUGACGCUCCCAGAUUGUCAGAUUAGAUCGAUCACUCUCUCCGACAGAAAGAGAGCGUAGUCUGCGAAUGCUCAGUCGGCAAUAUGUUUGACUCGAUCUACUUGCUUUCCUUUACUUCAAUUAAACACAACAAGUUUGUAUGGGUGUAAAUGUUUCUAUUUUAUGCACUGAAUUUAGUGUGUUAACAUACGGUUUACAGACGUGAAAUGUUCGCGGUUCGGCGGUACAUGUAUUGAAUUAUUCUUGCCUAGUGUCUGUCUGUUUUUUAAAUCGAAGUGUUUCACCCUCCGAAAAAUCUUAAUAGUUUAAUAUAAAUAUUAAGUAACCCUUUUGUCCUUACUGCUUGAUGAUCACGUUCUAUGUAUUGUAAGCUUUCUUUAUGUAGUGAAGUGCUGGAAGUCUUAUGUUGUCAUAAUGGCCAGUUUCAAACGUCAUGCUACUGCCGUGCCGAACGGAAUUCAAAAAUUUAUAUAAAUAUAUUAUAUAUGCUAAAAAUUCACUGAAGGCCAUUUAUUCGACCGGGUUAAAUUCCACGUCUGAAACUAGUGGGGCGGACAUGUGCAUGGAUGGUGAGAUCUUUUGAUUAAAAGCGUGAAAAUUGGCAGAAGAGUAUGGUAACUUCAUGUGUGGAUAUGGAGCCAUCGUGAAAUAUUAUGGGUUACAAAUAAACAUCAAUUAUUUUACAGUUUAAAAAUGGAGGGGUCAGUGUUUAUAGUACUACAAUCCACAACAAAUUGUGCAAGACUGCCAGUUUCAAAGAAAGCCAUGAUCGUUUUCCUUCGAUUUUGAUCUUAAUCAACUCUACAAUUUUAGUUUUACAUUUAUUAUUAAUAAACAAAUGUAUUUUCCUGAAUUUUCCCAGACUACAGGGUAAUGUUCAUUACAUUGUUACUCUCUAAAAACAUAAACUUUCGAUACAAACUUAUUCUUCUCUCACUGGGAAAGUACCGUAACUCGAUUUGUUUUCUUAGGAAAUAAAAAAUGCAAGCAUCUAUAGCUUGAUUAACAAUCAUUAACAAUCAUGUAAUAUAAUAGAUUUAGCCAGGGCUAAAAGCGAAGCUCUCGUUAAUUUCUAUAGUUUACUCAAACAAAAUAUAAAAUCUUGUAAUGCUAAGCAGUGAAUACUGUUUUUUUUCUUGGCUGUUUCAUUACAAGGGCUAAUUAGCAGGGCUGAAAAACAACUGCGCAUGUGCAUUAAUGAUCUGUGGCAAAGAACAUAUGCUCAAGCGUGCACAUUCAAGAUGACUGCUGUUUUGCGGGAAAUAAACAGGCGGCAUUUAACAAUAUGGAGGUUGUAAUUUGCAGGUUGCAGGUCAGAAUUUGCAAAAAGAGUUAAAUGUCCUGAGUGGUUUACAGAUCUUCCCGAGCUCCUCAAACAGAACGUUUAUUACAAUGGUGUUUGGUGAUAUCAUAUUCUCGACAGGGUCACACAAAACUGGAAAUAUCAGAUCUCAGUUCUAUAAAUCAAUUCUUUAGUCCAAGGUCUUUCAAGGCAAAGAGGAGGGUUCUAAAAUUGUGAGAUUAGCUGCUCCAUCGCUGCUGUCCUUCUCAUCGCUCCUGGCAAAGUUAGCAUAGUAUGUUACAGAGAAGACCAGUUCCUCUUCGCUAUCUUCCUCUGCCAUACAUAUGAUAGAAAUGGAAAUUACACAGCCAGGUGACCCAGUUUAUAUAUAUGUGCAACUCGACUAAACACAAAACUGUAAAGUUUCCUAUAAGUUUAAAAGCAAAAAGAAUUUUCGAUGAAACCCAUGUUGGAUGCACACUGUGGAUAGCUGGCACGUGGAGGGUAGAUCAUUAACCGCCUGAAAUUUCAACAUCCUUUUUUUUUUUUUCACCAUUUGUUAUUUCUUUUUUUUAAGUGUAAAGCGACAAGACAAAACAAAAACAUAUGAUCUCGAAUUCCAACUGCGCUUGAGAAAUUCUGAUUUAUAGUGCAGUGUGGUACUAUUGCCAGUAAUUGAAUUCAAAACUUAAUUACCUCUCUGUAUAAAGAGGGAUGCGAAAUGCAACUGCCUCCAAAAAAAUAUUUACAUGUGAAACCUUUCUUCUUGCCUUGAAAGGUCUGGAACUGAAGGAUCUUUUUACAGAACUGAGAUUUGAAAUUUCGAGUUUUGCGUGACCCUGUCAAGAAUAUGAUUUCACCAAAACAUCAUUGUAAUGUCCUGCUUUAGAAGAUCUGUUAACCAGUUAAGACAUUUAACUCUUUUUCAAAUUCCAACCUGCAACCUGCAACCUGCAACUUGCAACCUGCAAAUUACACCCUCCGGAAAAAAUAAGGUCAUGGCUGAAAAGAUAAGAAUUUCAACCA